CGCUCGCCGCGACUUGGCUCAGUCUCUCUCCGACCCGCAAACGAAGCGAGUGCCUUGCAAUUUCCGCGUCUCCGGUGCUCCGUGAUCACGAAACCGAAUGUGAAACUAAUCAGUGAUCCUGUGUAACAUGGUGACCGUGUUUUUCGUUGCGAGUUAAAUAAAUCAGUGACAAUUUAUAAGAGAAACGAGGAAGGCCGAUCUCUCGCUCUCCGUACUACGUCCGGCGGCGAGAUGUCGGUGAUGCAGAAGCGGCAGCACUGCUACCUGUGCGACUUGCCCCGCAUGCCGUGGGCAAUGUUGCACGAGUUUUCGGAGGCGGUGUGUCGUGGGUGCGUGAACUAUGAGGGAGCAGACCGCAUCGAGGUGGUCCUCGAUACCGCUCGUCAGUUAAAGCGCGCCCAUGGGUUCCAAGAGGGUCGUGGCCCCACACACGCUAAAGGAGCUCAUCGGGCACCUUUGGAUGCUCAUCAAAACGGAGCUGAAACGACAGCCAGAGGUCAGCCGGCACCUCCAGCCCAUCAUGCACCUACAACUGGUUUUACAUUACAUCACACCCGACCCUCAGCUGGCGCUGGUCUUCUAGCGGAAUACGGCGGCCGAAGAGAGGAACAUGAAGGACGACGGCUAGCACAUUUACCCGCGCACCACCUGCCGACACACGCUGGCGCUCGCCUCGCUCCAGGCUUGACCCUCAAAAGGCCGCUUGACGAGGAUGAUCACCAAAAUCACCACGAGCCUACCAAAAGGCUCCUUGAAGAACACAGUCGGCCACCACUAACACGUGGUGAUUCCCUGCCAGCUGUUUCCUUGUCAGCUUCAACAUUCGCUGCAGAUCGUGUCUUCAAGCAGGAGAAACAUCCGCUCCGUACACCAUCUUUUGAUGCAUCAUCAUUUAAAUCUAACGGAUACGGCAACAGCGCACCGUUGACGAACGGGUCCUCUAACUCGCCACUGGGUCGCGCAGCAGGUUCACCGCCAGUGACCGGGGCGGGCGGCGUGGGCGGCGCGGCGGGCGCGGGCCCGUCCCCCAUGGCCGCGCUCAUGUCGGUGGCCGACACGCUGCCGCCCGGCUCGCCGCGCUCCGCCGGCGGCUCUCCCCCGCAGCCGCCUCCACAGCGCUCCAACAGCCGUUCCAGCCAACACUCUCCCAAUUCUUCAGGGUCGAACGGCGGACGGCGGUCGUCGGGCUCGCGGCACGUGUCGUCGACGACGUCGGUGUCGUCGACGGAGGCGGGCGACGGCGGAGACGCGGCCGCGCCCGCGCCCGCGCCGCUGCUGAAGUGCACGCUGUGCCAGGAGCGCCUCGAGGACACCCACUUCGUGCAGUGCCCUAGCCAGCCGCACCACAAGUUCUGCUUCCCCUGCUCUCGGGACUCCAUCAAGCGACAGCAAGGAUCUGAGGUUUACUGUCCAAGUGGAGAAAAAUGCCCGUUGGCAAACUCGACGGUGCCAUGGGCUUUCAUGCAGGGUGAGAUCGCGACGAUCCUCGGCGAGGAGUUCAAGCCGAAGAAGGAGCGGGAGACCUAGGGAUGCGCCGUGGUGUCCCGACUCUACCUCUUGUCCCUCUCGCUGUGAAGAGCGCGGGAGCGUAUGCCGCGGCACGCGGCCGCAAGCGCACAGCGCGCGGCUCCGCGGCGCAGCAGGCCGGCGCCUGCCGCCACAACCGACACUUGUAUAUAGCUCUGUAAAUAGUCCUGUAAGUUUGGUUCGCUGCCGACGCGCGAGCGGCCGAGACGCGCAGGGUGUCGGCGGCGGCGCCUGCGACCCCUUGAGCGGGUCUUGGCCUUUGUUGGAUACUUUCUGGUCUCGUUGCUCGCGGGACGGUGUGUCGAUCUGAUUUUUUGUCGGGAGCUGUCGUUGAGUUUAGAGGACGGUACGCUGCAACGUGCAGUAUUUCUUCGGAUGCCAUUUUCUUAGUUACCUUUAGGUCCCGAACCAUAGUGAACUUGGCAUUUAUUUAUGUGAUUCUAUAUACUGUACGAGUAUUAUACGAUAUACGAUCAUGACAUAUUAUGUAGUCAAGGGUACUGAUUGUAAAAACUUAGUUUCUGACGCCGGAGAAGCGUCUCAAUGUACAGAUCUUAGCUCGAUGUAUAUUUGUAUUUAUUGCAUAUGACGCGUACUAAAUAUUCUUGUUUUCUACGAAGCGAUUUAUUCAGAGUGGCUCGAGUUCCGUUACUGUCUUGCAUUCGAUGACAAAAUUCGUCUUUUCGAAUUGUUUUCUUUUCAUUUAUAUCGAGAGACGAUAUGCGUUCUAUUGAGAUUGGGAAUUGUUCAAAAUUAUAUUUUUGAUAUUUUAACUGUAUGGAGUUGAUUUGAGUUGAUUAUUUUGUAAGGAUAAGUUAAUCUGUAAGCGACAUGGGGCUGGCCGCGCGACCGGCGCGGCGGCUGCAGUAUUAGCGAGACCGCUUACAUACGCUGGGAGCGUACCUAGUCAUUUUGUGAAAUGUCAAAUUGUCAGAACCGCGACCACGCGGCCGUUAUAGGAACUCUUAAAACUCGCUGCUAUAUUUGUAUAAAGUGAAGUAAUUAUCAUUAUAUAAUUAUCAUUAUAUGUCAUAAUAUUAAACAGUUCGUAGUGUGUGUCAAUUUCGAAGGCUAUCAGAGGACGGCCGUACUAGCUUUGGGUUUUGUUUUCGCAUUAUAAUAUACCUUAUAUAUAUAUUAUGGUUCCGGAGUCUUGUCUGGUGGGCGUUUAGUCGCUGGAGGCAUGCCGAGACAGUCGCCCGAGGUGACAACUUUGAGCGACUGCCUCGGCUCGUCAAUAGCAACUGCAUUUUAUGUAAAUCAUUUGAGUCUUCUUCGAUAUUUCUUCGUAUAGCGUUUGAUAUCUAUAAGUCGAGACUUGAAGUCUUUAAACGGUACAUAUUAGAACAUUCAAUUAAAUUGACAUGUCCAUUAUUUAUUUUAGAUAUAUCAUUGUGUACAUAUACGUACGUUGUAUAAACUUGUUGUAAAUAUUUUAGGUAGAAAGAAGGGCCACUGAAAUUCUGGGGAAGUUCUCAUUCAGUAUUAGUGGAGACUUUGAGCCUUAUGUAGAUGAUGUAACGUUUUAAACUCUUCAGUAAAUUGUAUUCAUUGUUAAUAAAAAUCAUACUUAUUUUCAAUUUUAAAUAAGUAUUUUCUAUGAACUAUCGAUAUUUAAUCACUAAUUACUAGCAAGUUAUUUUAUGUUCUAUGGGUGCUGACAGACGUUUGGGAGUUUCAUUUUUGGUUUCGAGUCACGAUGUUUGUGUAGUCCAGUGACUGAUAUUCAGAAUCGUCGAUAAAGCUACUUCGUUAUUUCUGAUAGAUUCGAAAUUGAUGAUUAGUAUUAUCAGUGGAAGAAGCACCCGGGUGCGGGUUUGUCAAAUAAUUAGUUCUCGCCCAACGCGGCAGAUAUUGUGAGCACAACGUGUGCAUCUGAUUUUAUUUGGUACAUUAAAUGUACGUAUUUUGUACUUGUUACGAGUCACACGGCGAAGUGUUUUGAAUUAAAUACAUACCUACAUACUUACUUAAAAUUUCAAUCACAAUUUUUACCGACUUGUGUAAUGGGAUACGACUAGUGAUUUGUAAUUUUAAAACGUGACUUAAUAAAUUAAAAAUAUGAUGUUGAAUAAGUUAUGAAUUACUUAAUUGAAAAUGUAUAAUGCUAGUCGGAUCCUUUCUACUCGUAAAUGAAUAUUGUCCAUGGUCUUGCUCUUAUAAUAUUUGACUGAUCCAUGUAUAUGUUGUUGUAUUUAAUGUAUUUUGACUCUUAAUAACAAUGUUUCAAGUAAGAUUUUAAUUACGAGUACUUCAGGGCUGCGUUUUAAGGCCACUUUUUACUGUUUAGAUACUGGAGCGUGCACAAUCUGCUGUGUUUACUUGCUGUUCUCUAACGUACAUUUAAUAUGUCAAACUGUCAUAGUCCGCCUCUACCCAUAGGCUUGUUUGUAGACGUCGAUGGAGUCGACAUGAAAUGUAUAAUUUGAGACAUGUCUCUUUCUUACUAUAAGCAGCAGUGAAAUGCUUUGUUUAAGACGUUAAUGUACAUGUUGGUGAAAUACAAUUGAUGUGAUUUUGUAA